CCGACAGAUCAAUCGAACAUCAUACUUUUUGCGAACGUUGAUCCUGCGUUUACCUAUUCGGAAUCCGAAAAAUUUUAUCUGUGCUCAUUCGUCGCGUCAACCGGUUCAAAAUGUCAUUUUUGUUACAUCGUGCUAAAGAGUUCUCGGGACCAGCUCCCGAGUCGGUAUUGAAAAUUGCUGAAGUAGACUACUGUUUAGCCGAAAAUGGUGAUAAGCAUCGAACUUCAUCCUAUGAUCUCAUGAAGCGAAAGAAUGGUGAAGCCCGUCUGGUCAUUCGUCGAGGUCAGCCCUUCAAAGUGAACCUGAAGCUUUCUCGCGACUACGAUGCGACCAUGGAUGAAAUUGUCUCUGUUUUCGAACUCCAAGAGGUGGACAAGAAGAGACCAAUUCGAGCUUUUGUACAAGUUUUGCAGCCAGGUCAGGUGUCCGAGAGAGCUUGGCAAGCCGUGAUUGACGAUGAAGACUGUGUUAACGAUAAGUCUCUAAAAAUCAUCUUUACACCCGGAGAGAAUAUUCCCAUUGGAAAAUGGUUGAUUAACAUUGAUACGAAAAGAUGCGAUUCGAAAGGUUUUCGGAGAUUCACAGAUCAUCGUCCAAUCUAUAUAUUAUUCAACCCUUGGUGCGAAGAGGACUUGGUUUAUUUGAAGAACGAGUCUGAGCGUCAGGAGUACGUGCUAAAUGAUACCGGAUGUAUAUGGCAAGUGCCAAGUGACAAAGUGAAACCUCUUGGUUGGAGCUAUUCUCAAUUCUGCGAUAUUAUUUUGGAUUGCGUUCUUUGUAUGUUGGACGGUCUUGCCGCGAUUGAUCGUAAAGAUCCCAUUUUGGUGGCUCGUCAUUUAGCAAUGAUUGUCCGUGGUAUAAUGGAGGGUCGUUGGGGCGAUUGCGAUGAAGGAGGAAAACCAGCCACUUAUUGGAUGAACUCGCUGGAUAUUCUUGAAAAGUACUACAAAUCUAAGAAACCUGUUAAAUAUGCUCAAUGCUGGGUGUACGCUGCUCUAGAAGUUACCAUCUGCCGAUGCCUUGGUCUGCCUUGUCGAGCGGUAACGAAUUUCAUAAGUGGCCACGACUCGAACAAUAGUAUGACCAUCGAUUACAUCGUCGACGAAAAGGGAAGAACUAUAGAAAUGAGCGAAGACUAUAAUGGCGCUAUAGCUGUUUGGAAUUUCCACGCGUGGAACGAGGUGUGGAUGAAGAGAGUGGAUCUGGGAUCAGAUUAUGACGGGUGGCAGGUGCUGGACGGCACCUAUGGAUAUGGUCCGGCUUCCGUGGUGGCCAUCAAAAGAGGCGAGAUCGAGAAAAACUACGAUUGUGCUGAUAUUUACGCGGAGGUCAAUGCUGAUCAAGUUUGGUGGGAAUAUAACAAAUGUUCCAAAACCUUCAAGCUGUUGAAGAAAGAUAUUAACCAAGUUGGUCAAAAGAUCAGUACGAAAGCAAUAGGUAAGAACACAUUCGAACGCGAAGACAUCACCCUCAACUAUAAAUAUGCAGAAUCAUCACCCGAAGAGAGAGCUAGCGUUGAAAAGGUGUUGCUUCAACGAGAAUUGGAAUCGGAUAUUGCCAGAUGGUACCUUAAUGAAUUCGAACCAAUUAACGUAGACUUGGUGUUUAAAUUGGAGCCCAAAAAUGAAGUAACGAUCGGCAAACCAUUUAGCAUCGUGCUUACUGUGGAAAAUCGCAGUCACCAGAAAACAUACGAACUUACAGCGAUACUACGAGUGAAUACUGCUAUGUACACAGGUCACAUUAUUGGCGAGGUGAAGGAAACAGAAGAGGAUAAAAUCAUCAAGCCCAAUACCACCGAAAAAGUGAAACUCGACAUUUGCUGGCAGGAUUACGGGCACAAACUCUCAGAUUUGGGGACUUUACAAAUCAUGUGUUUCGUUCCGGUCAAGUGUACUGAUUUCACAUACGUCCAACAUGAAAAUCUCAACUUACUGAAACCCAAUAUCGUUAUAAAGCUAGAGAAUGAAAAGGACCCCUUAGUCGUUAAGAAACCAGUACUGGCGACGGCUUGUUUUACAAAUCCAUUACCAGUUUGUUUGAAAAAUUGUAAAUUUGUAAUCGAAGGUUCGGUAAACAAGAAGCGCAUCGUGGUCAAGUUACCUUGCGACGUAGAGGUUGGAGGUGAAGUGGCUAGUUCAUUCCCGGUAAUUCCAGAGUCGGAGGGUGCAAUGACCAUUAUCGUGAAAUUCUCUUGCGAUGAGUUGAAAGGCGUUGAUGGAUUUCGUGAAUUCAAGGUGCAAGCUGCAAAGUGUUCUAUGGAAACCAACUACGUAUAGAUUGUAAUGAAAUAGCUGUGAUAUUCGUAAUAUUAUUACGUACCAAGUUUAAAAUAUUUUAUAUAGGUAUCAUUAAAGUGCAAAUUUAAAAAGUUUC